GACGGCGUCUGUCGCGCUCGGAAUGUCCCUGCCGCGUCAAUGUUAAGGUACCUGAUUCAACAAUCGCCCCUUGCGACACCGCAUAUUUAGAUUUACUCCCAACUCAAUGGUGUAAAGAUGGCCGGACAGGACGAAGCUACGCUUCCGGCGACGCGCCGGACACGCAAGUCCAUUGGAGGCGGGCCCACGACGCGCAGAAGUAUCGAUAAGGAGAAUGCGGCGGCCGAUGUGAGCGGCGCUGGUGCCGCGACUCGAAAGAAAUCCCGGAGCAAAAGCAUGGGACCUGGCGGUCUCGAUAUCCUUAAGACGGGCAACGCCAACCGGAGAGCUUCCCUUGCUGUUCCGACCCCUCGAUCGAUUCUCAAGCCUACAAUUCCGCUUAUACCAGAAAUUCCGUCUUACAAGCCGAAGCACGCCUCAGGAAACAAUGGUGCCGGAGGGGAGGCCGGAGGGACUAAGGUUGCCUUACGGACCGAGGAAGAACAGCAAGCGGCUGCGCGGGAACGGGAGGAACGAGAACGGGCCCAGUUAGAGAAGGAGAUUAGCGACCGGAGAGAGGCGAGGAGGAAGUCACUCGCGAACCGCCGCGUUUCCUUUGCGGCCGAGGCGACGCUCCAUACUUUCCACGAGAUCGAGUUCAUGCAGGACUCGACCACCUCUAGCGAUUCGACGCGCCGAGCGUCUUCGAUUGCCGAACAGUCCCAGCAACAUCCUAACUCGGACCCGCCUUCGACGCCACCCCGUAAUGACCAGGAUCACGCGGCCGAGUCCCCAUCACACCAGAGAGACGUCUAUCAGAGGAACCGCCGACGGAGCUCUGCCGCGUCAUCAAUGUAUGGGAGCGACGAUGCCGACAGCGUUGCAGAGGUCCAAACAGAGGAGCUGACAGGCUCGGACGACUCUGACGUGGACGGGACCGAGAUGACAGUCGAAGCCGAAGAGAUGACGUCGUCAUCAUUUGCAUCGGCAGCAUCACCUCGGUCUGCGUAUAGCCCCGGUUCCACUGGAAGUCUAGACGAGAACUUGCGGCUGGCAGCUCGAAUGGCUGUCACUCAGAGCCUCGACGAGGAUGAGGAAGUAAUUGCCGGCUUCGCUGGAUGGGGGAGAAAGAAUCCUUCGCAGGAAAACAUCGCUCAAACAGCCAACACGGAAGCCCGCACGCCAGACCGCAGUGUCAAUGCUGGGGAGCAAGGGUCAGACAUGGAAAUGGAGACGGAAAUGGACAUGGACAUGGACAUGGAGAUGACCAACGCAAUUGGGGGGAUUCUGCGCGGUCAAAGUGCGUCGCCCGACAAGGAAGACGAGAUAAACGAAGAUCUGUCCAUGGACAUAGCUUCGGCAUUGGGGGGAAUACUUUCCAAGGCGAAGGCAUUUCUGCGCCGCAAGUCAGUCGUGCCCAGCCCCCGGUCGGAGGCAGGAGAGUUUGGAGAGCAGACCAUGGACUUCACGACGAUAAUGGGAGGCACCGAACACGGCGAAGGCCCAGAUGGCAGUCGCGUCGACAUGGACGACAACGAAGACAUGUCCAUGGAAUUUACUACCGCGGUUGGAGGGGUCCUAUUGGGUGGCUUCUCUAAGAACGAUACUCGAAAUGCCUGGCGGCAAACAAUGGCGCCAGAAGAUGGGAACGAGGAAACCGGGAUGAUGGACAUGACAACGGCUGUUGGUCGGAUCCUGCCAGCGGAAUCGGAGGUGGACCAAGAUGAAGACCAAACGAUGGGGAUGGACAUGACGGUGGCCGUGGGAGGCAUCAUUAAAUCAGCGACCGGGCCAGAGGCGCGUUCCGCUGCGAGGAAGGUCAUGGAGCAAGAAGCCGACGAGCCUGACUCCACGACCACUGCCAGAAUUACACACUCCCCGAACCGACAAGGGCCCACUGUUCCGGACGAGAAUGCUGACCCUGCGUUCUCACCGUUCCGAGGCAAGGGGCUCCGUCGCACGCCGCCUCGCGAACUGUCACCGGUUGCGCGGUCGCCAGCACAACCCAGUAGUUCCCCGAUGAGGCAGACUCCGUCUCCCGUGAGAACCACGGCACAAGCGCAGCGAAGCCCUACGAGAACGCCGCCAUCGUUGGCUAGCCGCUCCAGUUCACCCAUACGCAAUCUCUCUUCCCCGACUAAGGGCACACCCCGCUCAGCUGCCAAAUCAAGGCUCUUCCUUCAAGAUCCCAGCACUGGGGUCAGCACCCCUCGGGUCGUCUUGACGCCACAGGGCCGACGGCUAUCCGGAGUUGGUGCUGACCGGCCCGGCCUGGGCUCCCCGCGGGUUGCAGAGAUCUUCGACCGCAGAGAAUCUAUCGGAGAAGCGGCUACAGACUUUGUGCCGAGCUUGCCAGUCGCCUCUCGCCGGAAUGUUGCUUUUGCAGACCCACGGGAUCUGGAGGCUGAAAUUGAGAGAGAGCGCCGGGAGGAACAGGAGAAUGAAGGUCGUGAGGGGACUCUCAAUCUAAAGGAGAUGAUCCAAGGACUUAGCCCCAAGAAAACCCCGUUCCGAGGGCGGAAGAGCCUCCACGUUGGCAGCGCAGUGGGCCUCCUCGGGAAGAGGCCUGCAGAGCUUGACGACGAUGAGGAGUCGGAGGAAAUGGACGGUGUCAAGCGACUCAAGGGGCACCAGGGGAGUCCCGUCAAAAACAUCCGACUGCAGUCGCCGCCCUCCAAAGCCGACACGACUACCGGGAGGAAGACAAGGCCCAGCAUCAGAUCCAUGCAAGCACCGGAUACGCGCGAUGCCACGCCCACUGUUGCAAGCUCGCCACAGAGAGCGACGACGCCCGCGAGUCAAGGCCGGUCAAGGAACACGCUGGAUUAUGAGCAUGCCAUCCCCAUGGAUGAUGCGGACGGGCAACCCGAAGAUCACGGAGACCGCAUACAUCUACAAGAUUUCCUGAACAUGACUAGUAUCCGCUUCAUGGAGUUGACAACGACCAAGAGGAGACAUACGGUCGUUCCAAGCGUGCCCAGAGGCAGCACAGCCGCUGAUAACAAGGAUGACCUGUCUCUUGAGAGAUGCGUGGUCGCUGGUGCAUGCACGGUGCCCAUGUUGGAGUUGUAUCAACAUUCUUGUCGCGAGCUUAAAAAGUAUAUCUCUGAAGGGCGUCGCAUUGUCCGUGAGAUCGAGACCGAGACCUUCGAAGAGAACCCGCCGCUCUUCAAGGAGUACAUGACGGCUUCGCCCGAGUUCAAGGUUCUCAUGGACAAUCAGUUCAAGAAUGUCAAGACUCACGCGAGACUGCUCAGCAAGGCCAUGUGGUACGAGUGGCGGAUGAAGCUGCAGGACGGGCUCAAAGAGGGUCUUCUGAAGACAGCGGAAGGCAUGGAGAAUGACGACAGGUUGCUGGCGAAGCAGCAGGAACUUCUAGUGUCAGUCCUCCCCGGUAUGGUCAAGCGCCUCGAGGCACUUGAACGGGAGCGCGAGGAUCUGGAAACUGUCGCGGAAGAGCUUGCCGAUUGCGACCCGAAGGAUCUUGAAGAUGCGAGAGAUGAGCUCGUGGCCGUGGAUAAGAGCAUUGCCGAGAAGGCCAGGAAGCUGGAAGAACUCCGCAGAGAGCUCGAGGAGUCCGCCGAAGAAGUUGACAGCCUCGCGCAGCAAAAGCAGCGUUAUUGGGAGGAGAUCAAACAAGCCGACAAGAUCCGCGAGGAAUGCCGGGGUUGGUCAUCGGCGGAAAUCAACAAGUUGAAGGCUCAAACCGAUGCGAUUGAGAAGCAAUACGGCUGGGCUAUCUCGUCCAUCUCAGACACGACCAUUACAAUGCGCUACAAGCGCGAGAUUGAACUCGUCUUCGACGUCAGAUCUCUCCAGCAAGCACAGCGGCAACAACACCAACAGCGAAACACAUCCAUCGACGUGCGAUACGUUGCCGAAACACCGUGUCACUGCUCCCCAGAGAAGGAAUUCUUCCUGCGUCACAUCCGCGAACAUAUUCGCUCCCACGCCAAGUCGGCUACCCGGCCCAGCCGCUUGCUGAGGAUGGUCAGCUCGGCGUGGGACAAAGCCGAGGCCGUGACCGAGCACAUCCGGCGGCUGAACCUGUCCUUCCCCAGCUCUGUUGCAUUCGCAUCGGAUGAUGGUAACUCCGUCCUCGUCACGGCAUCGGUGCUGCUGGUGCCGUUGCAGACCAGACUUGAGGUCAUUCUGAACUUGAGUGCCAAGAACGGUGGCGGGGAUGAUGAUGAUGAUGAUGAUGGGCUAGAGGUUGUUGUCACGCCCGAGGCGAAGGUUGUGUAUGGUGAGCAGUUCAACACGGUCAAGACCAGGGAGCUGUUGGCGGGGAGGAUUGGAGGUGUUGUGGGCAAGGACGGGGAGAAGAAGAUGGCCUGGGAUGAGGCUGUUCUCGAGUUGUAUGGGCGGUUGCUCGCGAAGGGGAAGCAACGGCAGUGAUGAUUAAAUAAGUGUAGCUUGUCAGGCAUGGCAUCGUCGAUGUACCGACUGCCGGUUUAGUUACCUGUUAUUGUGCUUAGGUUGGUUGGGUUUUGCAUGGGCGGAUCUCGGGUCGGGUAGCGAGGGCUUGGAUCUCGACUUUGACGGCGACUAGGUUGGAACCGCAGUAUAUAUACCCCGUCAGGAGUUGACUUGUAUCAUCAUGAUUGGAGGUUUUACUCUGUUUUCUCUCUAUCCUGUUCCAUUCUACCGUCCUGAUGCGGUUGCGGUUUUCCUGGUGGGUCAUGAUGUUUCUUGGCGGCUCUGCGUUGCCCUGGCAACCACCUCAACCUCACCUCUUGACCUCACCUCUUGACGUCGUG